AUGGCCGCGGCAGCGCUUCUUCGAUCUGUUGCGAGCAAGAUGCUGUCGCGUGCAGCUGCAGCCCCGACGCAUCAUCGUUCUCUUGUCGCGCGUGGACUCCAUGGCGGCGCUCGCUCAGGGCCUCCUGCUACUUAUUCCUUACACAGCAACCAGGUCCAGCAAGGGACGGCGGAUGUUGUUCAUAACCAGGUGUGGUAUCGUCUUGUCCAUGGCCGUGGACUUCAUAGCCGCACCUGCACCUCCCCUGAUCUGAUUCCUUCCACGCCGCCAAAGGUUCUUCAUACUACUGCACUCGCUAAGGCUAGAGCCGGUGUGGCUUACACUGCACUGUUUGGUACCUUGAUUUACUUGCAUUUUUGGGCCAAGCCGGCGCAGGAGGAGGCGAUAGCCAUGUUUGAGACUCUCUAUAAGCAAAGGUCGGACCUUAUCAAUAGCCUCCAAGCCAUUAUCCAUGCACAGCGGGAAAUGCUUGUCAAGCUUCAGAAUACGCACGUCUCUUCUGUUUCUCAUCAAACUCCAAGCGUGCUAGCCUCAGGACAUGUUGACGCCACCGACCAGGGAACAGGGGCUAUUGACAAGUUGGGCAAAGAAGAAGCCGUGAAGAUGAUGCAUUCCCAGGCAAAUCAUGUCAAGGAGCUCGAAGCUGAAAUCGCCGAGCUCAAAAUUGCAUUGGAUUCAGCUCCUUCUCAAGGAAAGGUUGAUGACUUGGAAGAAGUCAGUGAAUACUACCAGAAUAGAGGAUGCUUCAGUGAACUUACUGCUCUCAUGGAGAGUGGUCUUGGACUUGAAUGUGCACACAUGGGCAUCUUCACAGAAUUGGGAGUUCUAUAUGCUAGAUACAGCUCUGAGAAGCUUAUGGAGCACAUCAAACUUUUCUUGUUUGCCAGGGCCGGGAAGAAGGCUAGCAGGUGGAAGCAAUCCAUUGCCCUUUCCAAGAAAGACAACAUGUACAAGGAUUGCAUGGAGACAUGCUCACAAUCUGGUGACCGUGAACUGUCAGAGGAUUUGCUUGUCUAUUUCAUUGAGCAGGGUAAGAAAGAAUGCUUUGCUUCCUGCCUCUUCAUUUGCUACGACUUGAUCCGGCCGGAUGUCGCUCUGGAGCUUGCAUGGAUGAACAACAUGUUGGACUUUGCCUUCCCAUACCUGUUGCAGUUCAUCCGUGAAUACACUAGCAAGGUGGAUGAUUUAGUGAAAGGCAAAAUUGAGUCGCAGAAGGGAGAAAGAGCCAAAGAGAAGGAGGAGAAAGAUCUUGUGGCUCAGCAGAACAUGUAUGCGCAACUGCUUCCUCUUGCUUUGCCUGCUCCGCCAAUGCCUGGCAUGGGUGGUCCUCCACCUCCGAUGGGCGGAAUGGGUAUGCCGCCGAUGGGCCCAGGUCCGAUGCCAGCAUUCGGGGUGCCACCAAUGGGAAGCUACUAA